AUGACGUCGCUUCCGCUGGCGGGUGACGUCAGGGCGCGGACGCCACAUCCGGGGCGGUCCGGUCCAGCGUCCCCCUCGACCUCGGCGGGCGCGGUGGCCGCCGGGAAGAACGGGACGGCGAUGGCGGCGGUCACGGCGGUGCGGAGCCUCCCGCUGCGGCCCUACGGCCGCCUCCUCCUGCCGCGGGUCCGGACGGCGCCCGCCCCGGCCGCCCUGCGGGGGCGGGGGCUGGUGGCGGGGGGGGGGGGGGGCGGCCUGGCUCUGGCCCUGUCCCUCCGCUCGCCCCUCGCCGCCGGCGAGUUGGAGAUGCACCCCCCCAGCUUCCCCUGGAGCCACGGCGGACCGCUGUCAGCCCUCGACCACGGCAGCCUGCGGCGCGGUUUCCAGGUGUACAAGCAGGUCUGUUCCGCCUGCCACAGCAUGGAGUACCUGGCUUUCCGCAAUCUCAUCGGCGUCACCCACACCGAGGCGGAGGCCAAGGCGUUGGCCGAGGAGGUAGAGGUGCUGGAUGGUCCCGAUGAGAACGGCGAGAUGUUCACGCGUCCCGGCAAGAUCUCCGAUCAUUUCCCCAAACCCUACCCCAACGCCGAGGCGGCGCGAGCCGCCAACAACGGGGCGCUGCCCCCUGACCUCAGCUACAUCGUCAACGCCCGGCACGGCGGGGAGGACUACGUGUUCUCCCUCCUCACAGGCUACUGCGACCCCCCAACCGGCGUGACGCUGCGGGAGGGGCUGCACUACAACCCCUACUUCCCAGGCCAGGCCAUCGGCAUGGCCCCCCCCAUCUACAAUGAAAUCCUGGAAUUUGAUGACGGCACCCCAGCCACCAUGUCGCAGAUCGCCAAGGAUGUCUGCACGUUCCUGCGGUGGGCGGCAGAGCCAGAGCACGACCACCGCAAACGGAUGGGCUUGAAGAUGCUGAUGAUCUCGGGGCUCCUCAUCUCCCUUCUCUACUACAUGAAGCGCCACAAGUGGUCUGUACUGAAGAGCAGGAAAAUGGUUUACCGGCCCCCCAAAUAGGGGGGGGAAAAGUGGGGUGCCCCCCACCCCGGCUGCACUGCCUG